UGUGGUAUAUAAAGGGGCCGAGGGAGCGGUUCGGAGACCGGGAUCGGAGGACAAGCGGUCGGCUCGGAGCCCGUUGAAGAGCAGCACCAUGCGGGAGAUUGUCCACAUUCAGGCGGGACAGUGCGGGAACCAGAUCGGGAGCAAGUUUUGGGAGGUGAUUAGCGACGAGCAUGGCAUCGAUCCCGGGGGCAAUUACAAUGGCGAUUCGCACUUGCAACUGGAGAGAAUUAACGUCUACUACAACGAGGCGAUGUCCCAGAAGUAUGUUCCCAGAGCCAUCCUGUUGGACUUGGAGCCGGGGACAAUGGACAGUGUUCGCUCGGGGAGUUUGGGACAACUCUUCAAACCGGAUAACUUCAUAUUUGGACAAACAGGUGCAGGGAACAACUGGGCCAAGGGACACUACACAGAAGGUGCUGAGCUGGUGGACUCGGUGAUGGACGUUCUAAGGAAGGAAUGCGAGAACUGUGACUGCCUCCAAGGCUUUCAGCUCACUCAUUCGCUGGGAGGUGGCACCGGCUCUGGAAUGGGAACGCUGCUGAUCAGUAAAAUCCGCGAGGAAUAUCCCGACAGAAUUAUGAACACGUUCAGUGUCAUGCCAUCGCCUAAAGUCUCAGACACUGUGGUUGAGCCUUACAACGCUACCUUGUCUGUCCAUCAGUUAGUCGAGAACACGGACGAGACUUACUGCAUCGACAAUGAGGCACUAUACGAUAUUUGCUUCCGUACUUUAAAGCUCACCACUCCGACAUACGGGGAUUUGAACCACCUUGUGUCUGCAACAAUGAGUGGAGUGACAACGUCCUUGAGGUUUCCUGGCCAGCUGAAUGCAGACCUGAGGAAGCUGGCUGUGAACAUGGUGCCUUUCCCUCGACUCCACUUCUUCAUGCCCGGCUUUGCCCCUCUCACUGCCCGAGGCAGCCAACAGUACCGCACCCUUUCGGUCUCCGAGCUCACCCAGCAGAUGUUCGACGCCAAGAACAUGAUGGCUGCCUGCGACCCUCGUCACGGCCGCUACCUGACAGUGGCCACGGUGUUCCGGGGUGCCAUGUCCAUGAAGGAGAUCGAUGAGCAGAUGCUCGCCGUCCAGAGUAAGAACAGCAGCUACUUUGUGGAGUGGAUCCCCAACAACGUCAAGGUGGCCGUGUGUGAUAUCCCACCCCGAGGGCUCAAAAUGGCCUCCACCUUUAUAGGGAACAGCACGGCCAUUCAGGAAUUGUUCAAACGGAUAUCGGAGCAGUUUGCAGCGAUGUUCCGCAGAAAGGCUUUCCUGCAUUGGUUUACCGGGGAAGGAAUGGACGAAAUGGAAUUUUCCGAGGCAGAGAGCAAUAUGAAUGAUCUGGUAUCUGAGUACCAACAAUAUCAAGAUGCUACGGCUGAUGAGGGUGAAUAUUUUGAAGAGAAUGAGGAAGAACCAGAGGAGACUCAACUGAGCAACUGAUGAACGCCCAUACACUUAAAUAUCUUUGCCACUGUUAAUGCCCAUCAAUGGUUUCUGGGUUAUGAGAGAGAAACUAAUUCUAACAUAUUGUUUAUCAUCCAUCGCCUGCUUGAUGUGCCUUUGCUGUAAUUCCCAAGUGUAAGAAAAUGAAAAGUUUAAUUGUAGAAAUAAUUAGCGGUUCAAUAAAUCUGGCAAUUGGUUUUUGAAUUACAGGUAGAAUUUAUUAAAAGGCUUUGAGAUU